AUGAGUGGAAAGUUUGUAAGAGCCUCUAAGUAUCGUCAUGUAUUUGGACAACCAGCCAAGAAAGAGUUGUGUUAUGAGAAUUUGAGAAUUACCAAAAAUGCUUGGGAUUCCAAUAUUAUUCAAACCAAUGGCAAGUACAUUUCAGUUAAUUGGGACUCUUCAGGGGGUGGUGCAUUUGCUGUCAUUCCUGUUGGUGAAACUGGGAAAGCUCCUGAUACUGUUUCAUUAUUUAGAGGACACAAGGGUCCAGUCUUAGAUACUGCUUUCAAUCCAUUCAAUGAACAACAAGUUGCUAGUUGUUCUGAUGACGGAGACAUUUUACUCUGGCAAAUCCCCGACGAUUAUUCGUUUCACAAAUAUCUUGAUGAAGAUGACAAUAUCAAAGAUAUCACCGAACCAAUUAAAGUCUUGUCGGGUCACAAAAAGAAGGUUGGAUUGAUUGAAUUCCAUCCAUGCGCGGCAAAUGUGUUGGCCUCUACAUCGUUAGAUUAUUCAGUUAAGAUUUGGAAUGUCGAAACCGGGAAAGAUGAAAUCACUUUGCAACAUAACGAUUUUGUCACGUCAAUUUCAUUCAAUUACAACGGAUCCUUAUUGGCUACCUGUUCUAGAGAUAAGAAAUUGCGGAUUUGGGACAUUAGAUCAGGGAAGAUUAUUUCCGAAGGAUCUGGACAUGCCGGAGCUAAACCAUCGAGGGUUGCUUGGCUUGGAAAUACCGAUAGAAUUAUUACGACUGGGUUCUCUAGAUAUUCUGAUCGUCAGAUUGGUAUUUGGGAUGUUGAAAAUAUUGAUAAGGGUCCAAUUAAUGGAUUUUGGCAAGUUGAUACUUCAUCCGGUGUUUUGAUCCCACAUUUUGACGUGGAAACAUCAAUAUUAUAUGUUGCCGGUAAGGGUGACGGAAAUAUUCGUUAUUAUGAAUACAUCAAUGAUGAAUUGUUUGAGUUAUCGGAAUAUACUUCGACUGACCCACAAAGAGGGUUUGCUGUAGCUCCUAAAUAUUCAGUUAAUUUAAAAGAAAAUGAAGUUACUAAAAGUUACAAGACAGUUUUAGAUAACUCCAUCGAGCCCGUUUCUUUUAUUGUGCCAAGACGGGCAGAAGUGUUCCAAGCUGAUAUUUAUCCAGAUUGUCCUUCGACAGAGCCAGCGUUGACUGCUGGAGAAUGGUUCUCUGGUAAAGAAGUGAAUGGUCCAUUGCUCAUUACAAUGGAAUCGUUGUAUAAUGGUAUCAAACCGGAAAUCCAUGAGUCCAAACCAGUAACCGUGGUAAAUGAAGUCAAAAAAGAAGUUGAACAAAAGAAACAAGAGGAACUCAAAUUAAAGAAUGAAAAAAAGGCAGAUAGUAAAUCAACUACAACAGCAGCUACUAAACAACAAGAAACCGAAUCUCCUAAAGAAGGAACACCAGGGAAGAAUGUUGAUGAUUUAUUGAAGACUUCAGGUCAAGUUAGUAGUUUGCUUAAUAAAGUAGCUGAACAAUCUGAUGAUGAAGAUGAUACCAACGAGGAAAACGGAAAAGAUGAAGGGUGGGAGGAAGUAAAGAAACCAUUAGCAAGGUCAGUAUCCCCUUCUAAAAUCGAUAAAAAGGAAGAACCAAAGAAGGAAGAGCCAAAGAAGGAAGAGCCAAAGAAGGAAGAGCCAAAGAAAGUAACAUCCCCAGUCACAAAUGGCAAAACAUCUAAACAAGAAAACCAACAAGAUAGCAAAUCAAAUGAAGAAAAAGAAUCAACUGCAAACAAUGAUUACAACACUAUCGAAAAAUUGGCUAGCAUAGUAACUAAGUUAGAGUCGAAAGUAUCAGAAUUGACAGAUGCUGGAUUAGAAAAGGAUAAAAAGUUGCAAGCUUUAGAAAAGAAAGUAGAAGAGUUAUUAAAAAGAUCAACAGCAUAG